AUGGCAGGUCAGAAUCACACAGGUGUGAAGGAAUUCCUUCUGGUGGGUUUAACUGAAAAUCCCAAUUUGCAGAUUCCUCUCUUUUUGCUUUUCACCCUUAUUUAUUUCAUGACCCUGGUGGGUAAUUGGGGGAUGAUUGCCUUGAUCAGGGUAAAUGCCCAGCUUCAUACCCCAAUGUACUUCUUUCUCAGCAACCUCUCUUUUUGUGAUAUCUGCUACUCUACUGUCUUCACCCCUAAGAUGCUGGUCAAUUUCUUAUCAAAACACAAGUCCAGCACAUUUUCUGGCUGUGUUCUACAGAGUUUCUUUUUUGCAGUGUAUGCAACUACAGAAGGUAUCCUUCUGUCCAUGAUGGCUUAUGACCGUUAUGUAGCAAUAGCUAAUCCCUUGCUGUAUACAGUCAUCAUGACCCAAAAAGUUUGUAUUCAGAUGGUCCUGGCAUCUUACUUGGGUGGGCUCAUUAAUGCACUGACACACACAAUAGGGCUGCUCCAACUGGACUUCUGUGGUCCAAACAUUGUGAAUCAUUACUUCUGUGACAUCCCCCCUCUUCUCAAGCUCUCUUGCUCUGAUGCACGUAACAAUGAGAUGCUGCUUUUGAUCUUUACUGGGAUUAUUGCAGUGUUCACUUUCAUCAUAAUCAUGGUCUCUUAUUCCCGCAUCAUCAUUGCCAUCCAGAGAAUUCGCUCAGCUGAGGGGAGGUGCAAAGCCUUCUCCACUUGUGCCUCCCACCUGACUGCUGUGACCUUAUUCUACGGGUCUGGAACAUUUAGUUACAUCCAGCCAAGCUCUCAGUAUUCCCUGGAACAGGAGAAGGUCUCUUCUGUGUUUUGUACUUUGGUGAUCCCCUUGCUAAACCCAAUGAUUUACAGCUUAAGGAAUACGGAUGUGAAAGAUGCAGCAAAAAGGUCAAUAUGUGGAAAAGAACUCCAACUUAACUCCAUCUUGUCUAUGGGUUUUUUAAACAUAACAUUAACCUGCAAAUAGGUAAAUUCUUCAAAAUUGCAUCACAGAUGUAUGAUCACAAACAGAGCUACAAUCAAGGUAUCCACAUGAAAUAUGAGACAUGAAUGAUAGCUCCCUAUUCUUGUGAUUUUUUGUGUUAUUCUUACAUCUUCUAGAAGUUUAAAAUGUUUCAAAAUAAAAAGUU